AUGUCCCUCCCACUUUUAACGCGCUCCCUGCGCGGUCCCCAACUCAGCAAAACCCUCCGCUACUCCCUCACCACUACAACCCGCUACCAAUCCACCACCACCACCAACAACAACACCGCGAAACCCGCCACCACCUCCACAACGUCAACAACACCCAAGCCCACCACCUCCUCCUCCACAACAAAAACCACCCCCACCCUAAAAGACCUCCUCGACCACCCCCCAUCCCCAGCAAACCCAACCGAAGACCGCAUCGACUGGACGCGCUCCUUCCACGGCCUCAGCGCAACCCCCUUCCCGAAAGAAUGCGCCGACAUCCUGCUCGCCCCGACGGACCCCGAAGAAGUCGAAAUCAAACCCGACGGCAUCCUCUACCUCCCCGAGAUCAAGUAUCGCCGGAUACUGAAUAAGGCGUUUGGACCCGGUGGAUGGGGUCUUGUGCCGAGGAGUGAGAGUAUUGUUACGCCGAAGAUGGUGACGAGGGAGUAUGCGCUUGUUUGUAAUGGGCGGCUUGUUUCAGUGGCUCGCGGCGAACAGGAUUACUUCUCCCCGGAUGGAAUCCCCACGGCUACGGAGGGAUGUCGGUCGAAUGCGUUGGUGCGGUGUUGUAAGGAUCUAGGCAUUGCGAGUGAGUUGUGGGAUCCCAGGUGGAUUCGCAAGUUCAAGGCGCAGUAUACCCGGGAGGCGUUUGUGGAGCAUGUGGUGAAUAAACGGAAGACGAAGAUUUGGGUCAGGAAGGAUGAUACCGUUGGGUAUCCGUGGAAGGAGACCAAGUUUUAG